AUUUAACAUGCCUCUAUAAAUAUUGGUUUCCUUUUUCCUGCGGUCUAUAAAAAGACUAUAGAGUUCACUUCGCAGUGAACUAAAUCUCAUCUUUCCUAGAGCAUAGUCAAAUCAGACUGUCAGAAGUUUCCGAACCGUUGAGCUAGUCACCCAGAGGAAGAAAUUCCACUUCUCUGUCCGUCUCAUUUGACUGUGGUUAUGCCUUUCUCUCUCUCACUAUCUCUUUCUCUCUCAGCUCGGUAAAACUCGUCACUUUCCGAUGAUCAAAUUCCGGAACAGAAAACCAAAUAUGGACUAAGGGGUGUGUCCCUAUCAACCGGAUUCGACCUUUUAUGGGUUCAAAAGCCAAACCUCAAAUCUCUUAUUUUGAUAUUUUGUGCAACUAAAUCAGGGUCAUACUGAAAAAGAGGAGAUGGGAACGGAGAACAGGUGUCAGCAGAGUUCUCGCUCUGCUGUUAGAAUUUUUAGGAGCAUCGGUGUCGCUCCACAGCGAGUGGAAAAAAAAAACUUUCUUAUCUGUCCUGCAGCAGCGGGCUCUCCACUGAGAAGUAAUUCCCUUUGAAAUCGUCACGGAGCCGCCCAGCCAAUCAGAAUUAGCUGCGCGUGCAGUCUCUAGCCCUCCCUGUCCAUAUUUGGGUAAUGACGUAACAGUCACAUUCAAAAGGUUCCCCAUAUAUACAUACUCGUGUCAGGGCGCCCGCUUCCGUCACCAAAGCCAGUCAGCCAGUCCUAAACUUUGUCACAUGAAGCGCAGCAGUAACACGGAGCGCAUCCUCACACAACGGCGGUGACCGACAGAGAAAUGCAGUGGUGACCCCUCCUCGGCCGGGUUCCACGCUCUUAAUUAGGCUCCAAGAAAAACAACAAAGAAGAAAACGAGUCAGAGAGAGAGAGAGAGAGAGAGAGAGAGAGAGAGCGAGGGGAGAGCACGAUGACAGCUAAAACUCUGGAGAAAGUGCAGGUGAAUCUAGGAGGGUUCGUGCAUCCUGUGGCAGACAGCGUGUACUCUGUGGAUGACAUCGCCGCCAGUCUGCCGACCUCGGUGGCCAUCUUCCCCAACGCCGACCUAGGAGCACAUUACGACCAGAUGAAUGUGGCAGCAGACAGCCUGAUGGGCGCUGACAUGAACGCAGAGAAGCGCUCAGUGGAGCUCUCCUCCUACUCCAGCGGCUUCUCCCAGCCUGCCUCCCAUCGCAACCAGACCUUCACCUACAUGGGGAAGUUCUCCAUCGACUCCCAGUACCCAGGGAAUUGGAACCCAGAGGGAGUCAUUAACAUCGUUUCGGGUAUAUUCAACGUGGCCCAGCCGCCUCCCCCUCCACCUCCUCCUUCCUCUUCAGCCUCUUCCUCCCCGGCUUCCUCUGGAUCUCCUCAUCACUUCUCCAGUGGAGCUUUAAGUUGCACCAUGGCGGCUCAGAGCCAGGCCGACCUGGAUCACCACCGUCACCUGUACUCACCCCCACCCCCUUACUCCUCCUCUGGCUGCGGGGAGGUGUACCAGGACCCUUCGGCUUUUUUGUCCACCUCUUCCUGUCCGAUAGCCUCAUACCCUCCGCCCUCGUACUCAUCACCCAAGCAGCCCAGCAGUUCAGACGUACCGGGCCUCUUACCCAUCAUCCCUGACUACUCCGGCUUCUUCCAGCCGGCCUGUCAGCGGGACAUGCACCCUGCAACUAUCCCAGAUCGGAAGCCGUUCGUCCCGUGUCCUCUCGAUACAUUCCGAGUGCCCCCUCCCCUGACACCGCUGAACACUAUCAGAAACUUUACUUUGGGAGCUCCGGGUGGCGGCGGCUCAGAAACAGGGCAGCCACGGCUCUCCUCUGCCUACAGCCCCCAGAACCUGCCCCUCAGGCCGAUCCUGCGGCCAAGAAAAUACCCGAACAGACCCAGCAAAACGCCCGUCCACGAGCGGCCGUACCCGUGUCCGGCAGAGGGCUGUGAUCGGCGCUUCUCCCGCUCCGACGAACUAACCAGGCACAUCCGUAUUCACACUGGCCACAAACCCUUCCAGUGUCGGAUCUGUAUGCGGAACUUCAGCCGCAGCGACCACCUCACCACGCAUAUCCGCACGCACACGGGAGAGAAGCCGUUCGCCUGCGACUACUGCGGCCGCAAGUUCGCUCGGAGCGACGAGAGAAAGAGACACACUAAGAUCCACCUGCGGCAGAAGGAGAGGAAAGCGUCCACGGUGUCUUCGUCCUCCUCCUCUGGAAGCUCCGCGUUGGAGCGUCCGUCAGGCGGCAUCAGUGCAGCCAGUGGAAUCUGUUCCUAAGUCUGCUUUAAAAACUUGUUUCCCUUGGCUGCCUGACUCACACGAACUCCUUAAAGAACUCUGAGUAUCAGUGUGAACGUUCUGGGAACGGGGAGCCGAACACCGAAUGAAGAACUUGUGCACAGUGGUGCACUAAGACGCACAGCCAUGCUACUGAACUCACAAAGAUGCUUAUACGAAUGCACUUUGCCCGCACAGCCUACUGAAAUAUGAAUAAAUAUAAGUAUACAUGUUUCCAUUAAAAGAGGAGUCAGAUAUUCCCAACUUUUGAACUGUGACACGGUCUGCGCUUGUACAUGUAAAAUAACGGCAAUAAUGUUUCAAAGAACUGAAGACACGUUUAAGUUAUUUCAUUUAAUAUGUCUGUUGAUGAGUGUGUUUCUCCAGUGCCUUGCUGUGUCUUUUGUACACUGACUGAUUCAAGGACGCUUCUAAUGCAAUGUAAAUCUGCCCGACAAUAUGUAAAGUUGGAAGACAUUCUAUUUUUGUAUUCGGUUUUGGUGUCGCUCCGAGUUUCCAUUAAUUGUUGCUCGUGUGUAAAAAGUCUGAGAUGUAAAUAUAUUGAAAGAUAAUAGAGUCGUUUGUUGUGAUGUGUUUUAAGACUUAUUAAAUGAACGAGGAUGAGAAACAAAAGCUGCUUUUAUUCCUCAUGACUGGAGCGCAACGCACCGCGCAGGCAUGCAGAAUAACAACGUCUCAUCUGAAUUUAUACACA